AUGGCUUAUCCUAAUGCAUAUGAAGUGCCUUUUCCUCAGAUAAAUCCUCGAAUCACUCAAUCGUCUACUAACCCACCGUUUCCUACUCCUCAAAGAAGACCAUCCUCUUCACCCACACCAGGACGAGAGAGAGAGCUUUCCCCACCUUCCACCCCUCAAAGAAGAAGCACUGGAAAUUCUCCAAUGAGUUCAAUAGAGAGUAUAGUGACUCAACUUCUAAUUACCACCAGAUUAUUGCUGGAGGGUUUAACUGGUUGGUCUUUGGGGCGUAUGACUGAACAACAAGUUUCAGAUAUCUACGUGAAACUUACUAGUGAGCUAAAUACGGUUAUUCAUAUAUUCGGACAGUCAAGGAUUGAUAUGAGCGAUCUAGCAAGUAUUCCACAGGAUUUAAGGGGUUGUCUAGAAAUUGCUUUAAGUGAGGAAGCUUCCCCAUCUGCCUUGGAAGCUCAUCUUCCUAAAAUUAAAGAUAUUAUAGUACAUUUAUUACAAGGAUUAAAAGCAAAGCAAGCCAUUCUUCGUCAUUUACAGACCCAAGAACAAAAUUCUAUGCCAGUUUUAUCAAACAUGACAAGGUCUGUUUCAGUUAGAUCAACAAAUUCAACGAGUCCAAAAGUGUCAGAUGACAAUCCACCAUCUAACACUGUUAGAAGGAAUGUUAGUUCACCUUCACGUAUUAGCGUAGGUGGUAGUCCAAAUUAUUUGCCAGAUCCUAUGGAUGCAUUGAAACAUAGCGACAACCUUGAACGACGUGCUUCUAGAAGAUUAUCGGCCUACACUAUGCAAAGGGGUGGUGGUAAUACAAGGUCAAGGUCAAAUUUGCACAGUCAUGAUAACUUUGAAUCACCAUCACCUGAACCAGUAGUUCCUUAUUCGGUUGAAAAAGAUGAUGAUGGGACAAUGAAUCAUGAGGAACGGACAGAUGAAAAUACUUCAGUUGGUCUACAACCUGUAUCCGAACUGCCAAAAGAUGAAGAUGCUUCUAAUGCUUCUACAGUAGAGAAACAAGAUGUAAAACUUCCGACUAUUAAUAUUGAAGAACCGCAGAAAAAGAAGAGCCUUACAUUAUAUUUGCAACUUGGUAAAGGUGUCAAGAAAAUCGAAUAUGAUGGGGACAUAAGUAUCCCAGCAAUAAGAAUGUUAUUCAUUGAGAAGUUUCAAUAUAAUCCUGGAAUGGAUGAUUUUCCAAAUAUAUAUAUAAAGGAUCCAAGUCUAGGGAUAUUUUACGAAUUGGAAGACCUUUCCGAGGUCAAAAAUAAAUCGGUGUUAGCUUUGAACCUUGAAGCACUCGAACAAGUUAAAAAACAUUUCGAUCAAAGUAUAGCUAAUCUAACGAAGGAGAUAUGUGACAUUAAGAAGUCAUUCUCAGAAAAUACAGAACUUUUGCGUCGUGGUAAUCUUGUUAAUUCUGUUCCUCCAACACCGAAACCCACCGAAAGUCAUUUUAAAGAUUUAGCAAGAAUUGUCCUUUCUAACCUUAGUGAAACAAGAGAUGUGCUUGUUAUGAAAAUUGCUAACGAUCUUAGAGGACAAUUUGACGAAGUUCAAAAUCUUCGAAGAGACUUGGGGGUUAUGCGACAAUUCUAUAAUGGAUUUCAGUCAGAUACAAAAAAAAUGAUUGAAGACUUGAUGAAACAGACAGCCACGGUUAAUCAAGUUGCAAUAGCCAAAGUUGGGUCAACAAGGACAUUUAUUGAAGCUGGUAAGGAUAAAUUGGAAACGCGUACAAAGAAUUUAGUUACCAAAGUAGAUGAAUUACAGGAUAUUAUUGAUGAUCUUAAAGCUGAUGUUACAGCGAGGAGAAGUAAACCACGAGAAACAGCAGUUCAACAAGUCAAGGAAGAGUCGGACGCUGUUGCUAAAGAGCUUGCAUCUUUGCAGGAGUACGUUAAAACUGUUAAACCAAUGUGGAAGAAAACAUGGGAGGAAGAAUUACAAAUGAUUGUUGAUGAACAACAAUUUUUAAUUCAUCAAGAAGAGCUUAUUGAGGACUUAGAAGAUGAUAAUAAGAAAUUAAAAGAAGUAUUUGAACAAAUCAUGAAAGUCGUAGAAAUACAAUCUAAAUCUAAACCAAAAGAAUUUUUUGUCAAACCGAGAGAGGAAGGGUUCGAAGGGUUAAAAUCGGUACUUCAAGAAGUUCGUGGAAUUGCACCUGAUCAUGAGAGAAGGAUAAAAGCUAUGGAAUUAGCGGAAAAACAAAGAGAACGCGAUUUAGCCAACCGUAUUGAUGAAUUUGAAUUAGAAUUAACAAAUUUCGUCGCUCAAAAUAAAUUAAAAAAGACUGGUGGAGCUGAGGAGAUAGAAAGGUUAAGACAAAAGAAAAACGAAGAAAAUUUAAAACAAUUAUUCAAGGCAACAGAAAAUGCCACAAAUGAAAAAGGCAAAGAAAAUAAGGAUAGUAACGAAUCAUAA